GUUUUAACAAUCGAUACUCGAUAUUAGGACUUUUGAUUAAUCGCCUGGUUCGCUCGCACACACACUCAAUAAUCACUUUCGCACUCUCGAAUUCACGUAUCUAAAUUCUAAUUACAAUUUCGCAUUAAGAAGUUGAAAAGUUGAUUAAAUUUAGAUAUAUUGUUAAUACAUAAUCAUGCCACGUGGAAAAUAUGUUAACCAUAAAGGCCGAUCGCGUCAUUUUACAUCUCCGGAAGAAAUGCAACAGCAAAGUGAGGAUGAAAGUAGUAGCGAGGAAUCAGGUGAAGAAGAAGAACAAGCAGGAAGCAGUAAGGGCAACGCAAAGAAGGGCGCUGCGCCACCUGGUACACUUCCACCAUCAGACUCUGAAGAAGAGGACGAGUCGUCAGAAGAUGACCGUGACGCUAAGAAGGGUGUUGCUGGUCUAAUCGAAAUUGAAAACCCAAACAGAGCUGUUAAGAAGGUUGCACAAAAAGUUGAAAAAUUAAAUGUAAGUGGCGGCGAUAGUGCAAAACCAGAACUAACGCGACGUGAGCGAGAACAAAUAGAAAAACAGAAGGCGCGUUUACGGUAUGAAAAGCUACACGCAGACGGCAAGACGGCACAGGCUAAGUCCGAUCUGGCCCGUUUGGCUUUAAUACGGCAACAACGAGCUGACGCUGCUGCAAAACGAGAAGCAGAAAAGAAACUGGCUGAGGAUAAGAAGGGAACUACAAAAUCAUAGAUGAUCUGUAGAUAUAACUUCAACAUUUCUUCGGCAUAUUUUGAUAUCCAUUGUUUUCAUUUCUUCAGAAACUCAAGCAAUUGCAAUGUUUUUAUAUAUUAAAAUAUAAUACAUGUAUAAAUAAUUUUACAGAAUGCA